AUGAUAGUUGCGAAGCGAAAAUCAAAUGAUCAUCAAAGUACGGAAACUCAAGUCAAUAAACUUCCUAGCAAAGUUCAAACGUGGUCUCCAGACCAUGUUAAAAAAUUUCUCGAAGCUUUCCUUCGUCUUACUGAAGAAAAGUUAACUCGAAAAAAUGAUCCAUACGAAAUGGACCCAAGUCCUGCGGAAUCAAUUAUCGAGUUGGUCGAGGAGCUUAACAAAAAUACAGGUUUCAUUACGUUAUACUUAAUCGUUGAUUAUCAUUUAAUUUAA